AUGACUAUUGCUUCAACCCAGCUUGAUAGAGAGAUAUCCCACAUUUCGACACCCCGUGUUCAAACAAACCGUGACGUAACUUUGUUAAACGAUAUUCCAAGAGGCCAGUGCUUAGAUUGGCGCAGCUCAGAGGACUCCGACAAUCCAUACAAUUGGACAUCGAAGAAGAAAUGGAUGACCACCAUCAUUGCGGUUCUCGCUACUUUCACAACGUUACUGAACGGAACCAUUAUCACCGUGGCCCACGAAGCCAUCAAUGAAGAAUUUGGAGUCAGUGACGCAACCUUUCCAAACUCUUAUUGGCCGGUUACCUCAUGGGCUUUGGGCGGGGCAAUUUUCUCCUUGGUCGUUCUACCACUUAUGGAAGACUUCGGUGUACGAUUCGGCUUCUUGACUACCUAUGGAGUCUUUAUUUGCUUUGUUGUGCCCCAGGGUGUAGCACGAAAUUUUGCAACUUUAAUCAUUUCGCGGUUUUUCACUGGCGGGUGCGUCUCAAUUCUGGCAAACACGUCUGCUAGCGUUAUUGGCAAUAUAUGGGAAGGGGAACGCGGUAGAACGAUCCCAAUGGCUCUCUAUGUCACCGCAUAUCUCACUGGCAGCAGCAUGGGUCCCAUCAUUGGCGGGGUUAUCUUCCAGUCAUUAAGUUGGCGAUGGAUCUCAUAUAUUCAGCUUGUAUGGUAUGGCUGCCUCGCCCCAAUUUAUUAUUACUUCUUUGAUGAAAGUCGAGGCUCUGUGAUCCUUGAAAAAAGGGAGAAGAAAGGAAUGAGCGUGGAAGAAGAAUCACUUACAGUCGCACAACCGCCAGGGAGGACACUCUUCAGAAAACUCAGCAAAAGUGUACGUCGACCAAUUUACAUGCUGAUGACAGAGCCAGUGGUAUUCGUCUUCACGAUCUGGUCUGCUUUCAUGGUGGGCACCGUUUACCUCUUCACACAGUCGGUUGAGCUGGUGUUCGCUGGACUAUAUGGCUGGACAGCGUCUCAAGCCGGCUACGUCCAGGCUGCUGUAGUGAUGGGCGAAUGUAUUGGCUUUCUCGGUGCACUCAUAUCUGCAAAAUUCUACUUUGCUUCAGCGUCUAGGAACCAGGAGGCACCGGGAUCUCCCAUCCCAGAAGCUCGUCUUUAUAUGAGUUUGAUUGGCAGUUUUGUGGGCGUUACCGGAGGCAUGUUUGUGUACGGGUGGACCUCAUAUGCAUCACUACCUUGGAUAGCACCGGCCAUCGGCCUUGCUAUGGUUGGGUUUGGAACAAACGUCGUGGUCAUCGCGAUUGCAGACUAUGUUGUCGAUGCAUACAGUAAGUAUGCAGGAAGUGCCGUGGCUGCAAUCGUUCUGGGAGAGAACAUCUUUGCAGCUUUUCUACCACUGGCGGCCCAGAACAUGUACCAAGUCCUCGGGUUUCAGUGGGCUAGCACCGUCCUUGGGUUCCUGUCCCUUGUUCUCUCCUUUGCACCAGUGGUCAUUGUCGUGUAUGGUAGGCGCAUUCGUGCACGAAGCCCCUUUAUGAAGGAGGCCAUAAUCGUCAAGACCGCCCGGUUAGAUGCUUGA